CUCGAGUGUGCUGAACAUUGACAUUUGAGCAGCAAACGGAGACGAAUUGAAAUGGAUGAAGGAGAAGAAGUGAAAUCAAAAGGAGGGAACUUUGGGGACGUAAUGGAAGGAGUGGCUUCAAUAGCACUGUUACCAUCUGGGGCCAUAUCAGGCCACUUCAUCCACCUCCAAAACUCCAUUAGCAUUUGCUACGGUCUUUUUGGAACUGAGUUGGCAUGUGAAAAGGAGUGUAGCAGGGGUGAGGAUUAUCGUCUGAUCAAGCUUGAAAUUAUAGACUACAUUAGAAAGAAAGAAAAGGUUGUGGUUGUAGAGUGUAGAGGCCAUGAUGCUGCUAGGUUGCAGAGCAUUGAUCAUGCUCAUGGAUUUGCCUCUUGUUUGCAUUCAAUGGUAGGCAGUUGGGAGGAGGAUGUUGUGGAUCUGGUUGAAGAACAGCAUGGGAAGGACAAGCUUUUGGUUUCUUUCAACUGUGAGACUCUGAAAUCGGAUAAAGCAGCAGAAGAUCAUAUCAAACAGUUUAUGCCCAAGUUAGCUGGCCUAGAUGCUAUUGUCAACAUUGGUAAGAUGACCAUUGCUGGGUUGAACUUCGAAGCAGAGGCAUGAGCACAGUAUAUGAUCGGAUGUAUAUAAUGUACUUCUGUAUUUUUCGUUUAUGUAAUAUAGUUGUAAUGUGUGACCAACUUGAGACUGAUCAAAUGUAUGCGUCACUUUAAGCUCUGUUUGCCAAUUUUGCCGGUUUUGAAACCUUGUAUCCUGCUGCCUCAUCUGUUUCGCAUGAGCAAGUUAAAACAGAAGACUGAUCAUA